GACUGUCUGUGAGUGUCUGUCUGUCUGUCUGUCUGUCUGUGGCACCAAAUAGCGAACGGCUCGGUUUUGCCUGACCUGAAAUAUGCCACAUUCACACAGGAUCGACAUGUGUCACCAAACUAGAAAUGGCAAUCUUCCCGCAGCCUGACUGAGUAAGCUAGCCAGCCACUUGGCUACCUCCUAGCCCAGGUUAGCUGAGUGCAGUCGGCGCAUCACAAACCAACCAGCAGCUACCGAGAGAAGAUGGCGGAGUACUCGCCUGUCCUGCCGAUGAGGGAUGGUGGAGCGAGGUUUGGUAUCGGACAGCCCAUCUUUCCCCGGUCCCGGUCCGGUUCAGAAUCCGAUAGUGAACUGUCUCAGAGUCUGGCCCGAACCAAGAUCCGGUCUUACGGGAGUACGGCUAGCGUCGCGGCUUCUCUCGGCGAGAAAUACAUAGAGCAUCGGGUCACAGACAGCGACACUUUGCAGGGCAUAGCCCUCAAAUACGAAGUAACGAUGGAGCAGAUCAAGAGGACUAACAAGCUGUUCAGUAACGACUGUAUCUUCCUGCGUAACACCCUCAACAUCCCUGUGGUCUCAGAGACCUCUCCCUUCAACGGCCUGUCUCUAGAGUCCCCCGACGGAGAUCCCCAGCACCAGGACUACAACCCCCUGUGUGUGGGGCAGGACAGGGACACUGAGGAGGGCCCCUCGCCGCCUCCGGCCCCUGGGCCUGGGGAUAAGGACAGUAGUAGUUAUAAACGGCCCCAGCCAGAAGAGCUGUCGGCUCAAGACUUCCUGCACAGACUGGACUUGCAGAUUAAACAGUCUAAGCAGGCAGCACGCAGGCUCAAAGAAGAGGAAGUGAGGGACAGUGAAGAGGAAUACACACUUCCUGUUUCAUCAUACCAGGAGAUCUAAAGGACACUCGUUUACCUGAAGCCCUGAUUAACACCCAUCUACCCACAAGUCCACCCAUCACUCCUUCCUACCUUUCCCUUCCUCUCUUUUACCAAACCAUGACACUGGACGUCAUGUCUAAGUGUUUGAACUGAGGAUUCAUCCUUUGCCUUUUUAAUAUUAGUAUCAUUAUCAUACGUUGUAUUAUUAGUAUUCUUCUGGUUUUGUACUGUUCAACUGCUGUCAAUCAUCUGAACAGCAGGUAGUCUGUUACUAUGACACUCAUCCACUCACUACAAGUCUACAUGCUGCUGCUGUACAGAAUAACCCUCACAGGUGUGACUCUGAUGAUCCAAUCCCUCCUAGAAUAGCAUCAGUCCACUAGAUGGAUGGAUAGAUAGAUAGAUGGAGAAGCCUCCAGUAUUACCUCCUCUUCCUCCUCCUACUCCUCUCUUCCUCCUCUCCUCUCUUCUUCCUCCUCU